AUGUUGUCCCUGCUUUAUUUACAGCUCUGCCUCUCAGUGGUUUUUGCAAAAUAUCAGCCAACAUGGCCCUCUCUGGAUUCUCGACCACUCCCGAGCUGGUAUGACGAGUCGAAGUUCGGCAUAUUUUGCCACUGGGGAGCCUAUUCAGUACCAGCUUAUAAGGAAUCCGCAUGGCUUUGGUGGUACUGGAAAGGCGGUAAAACCGACAAGGACGUAGUUAGCUACAUCGAACGUAAUUAUAAACCAGGCACGACGUACGCGGAUUUUGCGAGAGAUUUUACUGCUGAGCUAUUCGACCCUAAGGAGUUUGCAGACAUCGUGAAGUCGUCCGGAGCAAAGUAUUUUGUUUUAACUAGCAAGCAUCACGAAGGAUUCACAUUGUGGCCAACGAGAACAAGCUGGAAUUGGAACUCCGUCGACAUAGGUCCAAAACGCGAUAUUGUCGGGGAACUCAGGGAUGCCUUUAAAGGGACUGACAUUCACUACGGGCUUUAUUUCUCACAAUUCGAGUUUUUUCACCCACUUUAUCUCGACGAUAAGAAGUACAAUACUACAGCCUAUGUUGAGCAAGUUUCUUAUCCACAACUGUUGGAAAUAGUGAAUCGUUACAAACCGGAGGUAGUCUGGAGUGACGGCGAUUGGGAGAAAAGCGAUGAGUAUUGGAAGAGCAAGGAAUUUCUGGCUUGGCUGUAUAACACCAGUCCUAUAAAAGACAACGUUGUGGUCAAUGAUCGUUGGGGUCAGGGCUCGAUCGGCAAGCAUGGAGGUUUUCUAACAUUUUCUGAUCACUUCGAUCCAGGUAAAUUAGUGGCGAGGAAAUGGGAGAAUUGCAUGACAUUGGACAAAUUAGCAUGGGGAUCUAGACGAACAAUGAAGAGCAGCGAUGUGCAUACUGUCCACGAACUUGUUGAGCAAUUGGCGAGAACCGUAUCAUGUGGCGGGAACCUUCUGCUGAAUGUUGGUCCUGACAUGCAUGGCAAGAUACCUCCCAUUUUUGAGGAUCGUCUAAGAGAGCUGGGCAGGUUUCUAAACGCCAGUUCCGAAGCCCUAUAUAGGACAAAGCCAUGGAUUCACCAGAACGAUAGCGGAAAUACUUGGUACACGUCUCGUAUCUCAUCAGCCACAUUACCGAAAAACAGGCUAUACAAUCCACAAAUUGAAGGACAAACCAUUGUUUAUGCAUGGGUGUUAGAUAUGCCAACUAAAGAUUUGGAACUGAAGAUGGUCAAAACUACGGAGAGGACAAAGAUCACCUUUCUUGGCACCAACGUCUCAUUUGAGCCAGGAGCCAGAUCCACUCUCUUGGUCAAUUUCAACAGUAUUCCAUGGAGGCAACUGAUCCGCAAUGAUGUUAUGGUCUUGAAAAUUGAAAACGCGGCUUCACAAACGCUUGGAUCGAACAUAUAUGAGCGAAGAAGCAGAGUCAGAAGACUUCUCGAUUUUAGUUGGUCGUACGAUGCAUUUUGAUAGAUUGGAUGUACA